UCGAGAGAUCCUUUUUACUUGAGGCGGUUACUUGUUUCUGUUUAACUGUGGCCUUUUGGGCGCUGAAAUCGAGCAUCCAAGAUUAGAAAAAUGACGACAGUAUGUGAGGAAGAAUUAGAAAAUGCCAAAAAGGAAGCGCUAAGAAUAUGCCGAGAUUUUUUAGGUGAUAUUUGGGAUGAAUUGCCAUUAUCUGAAUUCAAAUUUUCUCCGAUCUGUGAAGGAUUGUGCAAUACCCUUUAUCGAUGUUCCCUUCCAGAAAACGUCGCUGUUAAAAAACCCAAAACUCCAAGGCACGUUCUCCUUAGGUAUUACGGUUAUGUGCAAGAAAACAUAACUGUUGUCGUUACAGAAACAACAAUUUUCUCACUUCUGGCUGAGAGGAAAUUGGGGCCAAAAUUGUAUGGAGUAUUUCACAAUGGCAGAUUGGAAGAAUUCAUUCCAUCUCGAACCGUAUUGUGUAAGGAUUACAGACGGGUAUAUCCAGCAGUAGCUAGAGAAAUGGCUAAAAUUCAUGCUCUAGAUGUGCCGAUGAGGAAGAUUCCAGACUUCUUUCCUGUCAACUUUAAGAAAUUUCUGAAUGAAGUCCAAACCAAUUCAAAAGAAAGGAAAAACUCAGAUUUUGAGUAUUUAGAUUUCUAUACAGAAGAAGCAGAAUGGCUGAUGAAAGAAAUGAAAAAAUCCAAAUCACCUGUGGUAUACUGCCAUAACGAUCUUGUAGGAGGUAAUAUAUUACUACGUGACGAUUCCCCAUCGGAUGAAGAUCCAAGAAUAAUGCUCAUUGAUUUCGAAUGGGGAGCGUAUAACUACAGAGGAUUCGAUUUGGCUAAUCAUUUAGGUGAAUGGUGUUUCGAUUACAGUACCAGUGAAUAUCCCUGUUACGAAUAUUAUAGUGACAGAUUCCCUUCUGAAGAAGAGCAAAUCUCCUUCAUCAGAGCUUAUCUUGAUCAGCUUGUUGAAGAAGGAGUCUUCGCAUCAGAAUUUGUAGAGGAUGAGAUCAAGGUCAUUCUACAAGAAAUCAAAUUAUUCAGAAUGGCAGCUCAUCUUCUCUGGUCUCUGUGGAGUUACAAAAUGACUUUCCAACCUAACAGGAACUUUGGAUAUGAAGAGCAUUUCAAGACAAGAUUCAAUAUCUACAAGACUCUUAAGGAAAAAUUCCUGAAUCGUACGAAGUCCGUUGGUGAUUCAGAAUCCAAUCACUAAUUCAAGAAAGAAUGCAAAGAUCUACACUGAAAAGAUAUUCGUUUAAAAAUUAAACUCCUUAAGAGAACCUGUAAAAUGAUGAAGGGGGAAAAAAUAUAUAUUUUAGUACUAAAUUCAAUUGAAAAGUGUAAUUUAAAUCAAAGAUGUGGGCAUAGAAAAAUGUGAAACUGUACCUGAUUUUAGAUUUUUAACUGUAAAAUGAAUAAUAUAUUUAUUGUUGUAGUAUUAGUUUAAGUUUGUGAUUGUAUUCUGGACUGAGUUUUUGAAAAAUGUGUUAAAAUAGUUAUGUUUUUGAAUUUUUGGAUCAAAUAGAUUGUAAAAAGUCAGUGAAAUAAAAAUAUUUUAGUUGAAAUCAAAAAAUGUUUUGA